GCCAGCAGCGGCGCAAAGGUGCUGCGAGACAGUCUUGAGAGCCAGUAGCGUUAGUCAGCUGGCCGAAGGUGGGCUAUAAGUUUUGAGUGUUUUGAAGUGUGCUAAUAUUUUUCAUCAAUUAAAAGCCAAAAUAAUAAGCAAAUAUUGUUUUUUUUUUUUAUUACACAAAUAUUGUUUAAAUGCAGUUUUCACGCGAAGUCAGCAUUGUUUUUGUGUUGUUGCUUUGCUCUCUGCUCUGUGCUGAUGCCCUCAAUCGAAGAGUAAAAGUUUGCUUGCAAUCACCUCAGAGCGGCCGUUGUUUUGGCUAUGUGCCCAGCUUUGCCUACAAUCCGAUUGCGCGCAAAUGUGAGGAAUUCAUCUACGGCGGGUGUGGCGGGAAUGAUAAUCGUUUCGAUACUAAAAAGGAAUGCGAGUUAAGCUGUCGUGACGUUUGAUGGUGACAUUUAUGCCGCUGAGAGUGAAUGGGACUUUCCAGAUGUGAUCGUAAAAAGUAUUAAUACUCAUUUGUUAUAUUAAUGAAAAGGGAAGAAUAAAAAAUACA